AUGCUAAUGGGGCCAUCAGAUCAUGUGCAACCUGGUGCAGACAAGAACAGUCGAAAACAGGAUUCCCUCUCACAUUCCCCGCCUCUUACCAAGCCCGUCGACCCUACAGCUCGACACACACCGACGCAACCUACGCCUGCAAAAGCGGUCAACGGAAAGAAGGAGGAGGUACAAAGCACCGCCGAGAAGGCAGCAGGCUCCCAACCUCGCAGUCAGCGACCGUCGCUGGCGAGGGGUCGCAGCACCGAAGACAAGAAGGGCCCCAAGAGCGACGUCGCCACCUUCAAGAAGGACGGGAGACGAAGUUCCUGGAUCGCGACCUUCAGCUCCAAGUUUGCAUCACCCACACCUUCGCGCAAUUCCAGCGUCGAGACCCAACCGCAGUUGAACCCUCCUGCCAGUGUGACGUCCCCUCAGCCCAGCCCCAGACUCGAAAUCCCCAACCCUUUCAACAAAAAGGAAUCGACGCCUCAUGUCCAGCAAGACGCCAAAAAGGAAGAGAACAAGCCGGCGCCCGUCGCCCAUACUCCCACACCGCCGCGGCGACCCUCAGUCUUGGUUGCUGCUGGCAAAGAGACCAAGCUAGACCACCCGGGUUUUCUCUCGAGUGCCUUGCGCAGACUAUCAUCCUCAUCUAACGCCAAUCUGGGCAAAGGUGCCGGUUCUGGGGCGAUUUGUCCACGCAGGAUCUUGAACGUUGAUCCGAAUAGGGAGCGAAUCACAAUCGGCGAGUUCGACCAGAACAAGCUCAAAAGAGUUGCGUUUUGUGUCGACGUGGAAAUCGCCGGAUUUGCGUCUCAAGCAGAUGAGGAAUCAGAGCGUCUCUCUCGUCCCGGCGAUCCAGCUAGCCAAAAACAGAAACCUUCCACGCCUGCAAAUCCGGCACCUGUCAACAAGGACGCAAAAGAUGCGAGGCAGAAAGACAAGGGUGAAGGUGCUGCGCUUAAAAACCCUCCAACCGUGCCUGUAUCGGAGCAGCCUCUGUGCGCCCCUGGUUCCGAGGCCGAACAAAUAGACAAAGUUACAGUUGAAGAUGCGGCGCCGCCCUUUGAUCCUCAACCUGCGCCGACUACACGCAAAAAGGAGAAAAAGAAACGCUCGGAGGCUGAACGGAAAGAACGCAAAGAAAAGAAAAGGAAGCACGCGGAGGCCAAUGGUCUCGUUCCUCUGGAACUGACCCGAGAGGAUGACGAUUCCGAUUCGAGUCCCAGCACGACUCCUCCCGGAUCGUCAACCCCUAAACGGCCGUCAGACGGUCCUACGACCGACCCCUUACGCAUAUACAAGCGAUGUUGCCAACUCCGUGAAACACCUGUCUUGCCGAGGAUGAAGGAGCAGAUCACAAAACUCUCGGCGACCUUGUCGGAAGCACCUGGCACCGUCGCAGUGAUGGAUCUGUCAGGUUUGCAUAUGCAGUUGUCGGACAUCGUGACACUCGGCGACUGGCUUGCCAUUGUGCCGGUGCGGAAACUCAUGUUGGAUGACUGUGGUCUCACGGACGAGGGCGUACGCGUGAUACUCUCGGGACUUUCAAGCUGCAAGUCUGUCGAACAAACGAAACACAACCGAAAACUUCCCAAAAGGCUUCCCGGUAGUCGAGGCAAGGAAGAGAUGGGCGUCAUUGAAAAAUUGUCGCUGAAAGACAAUCCGGGAAUCACCUCGACCGGCUGGAGACACAUUGGACUUUUCAUGCACAUGUCGAGGUCGCUGAAAGCGAUUGAUCUGUCGGGUAUCAAGUUUCCAGCCUCUGGCGAUUUGUCUUACGCUUCCUUGACGAACAAGUCUGCCGGUCAGACGGUGCACGAAACAAGCUCCAAAUCUACCGAUUUGGCAUCUUUGAUCAUCCAUGCCUUGUCAGAACGGCUGGGCGACAGACUCGAGGAGUUGAUUCUGAGCGGCUGUGGACUGUCGACAGUCCAUGUCCGGGACGUCGUGAACUGUGCCAUCAAACGUAAGAUCCGACGUUUAGGUCUUGCCGACAACAAUCUCGAGGAAGAAGCGGUGAGGCACGUCGUCCGGUACAUCAAAUCCGGUGCCUGUGACGGCCUUGAUCUGGGCAGCAACGACUUGCAUGGCAUUGUGCACGUCAUCGCCGAGGCAGCCGAUGAAGAAUGUCCUCUUUUCGCCAUCAGCCUCUCCGACUGCAACCUGACACCGAUCGAUCUCAAGUCCAUAUUGCCACCGUUCACUAGACUCACAAAUCUCAAAUUCGUCGAUCUUUCACGCAACAGGGCCUUGUUCGAUCGCGAUCCCAACGCGGUUCCAAUCUUCCGCAAACUGCUCCCUAAAAUGGCACCUCUGAGACGAAUACACUUGACGGAUGUAGGCCUGACGCCGGAGCAUGUCAUAGCUCUGGCCGAGAUACUACCGGACUGCCCGUCGUUGGCUCACAUUAGCAUCCUGGACAAUGCCCCCCUCGUCCACUCCAUGAAUUCCAAGGAAGAAGGUGCUCAAGAAGAAGCUUGUGCCUUCUUUGCUUCCCUGAUGACAGCGGUCAGAUUGUCGGAGACCAUCAUGGCCGUUGAGAUCGAAGUUCCCAGUGCAGACAGCAGCGAGGUGGUCAAGGCACUCGCUUCACAGGUUGUCGCUUACAGUCUUCGGAAUAUGGAGCGGACCACUCUCGACGAAGUCGGUCUCAAGUCUACCGCCCUUGCUGACAAAGAUGCCCCGGAAGUUUUACUCCAUAUCGUCGGCCAUAUGGAAGGCUACUCGGUAAACCUUGACAAGGACGAGCCAGCUCCCGACGAAGACUACAUGAUUGCCUCGACCGGUAUUGUCAAGUGCCUCGAUGUGUUCUUGGGAAGUAAGGACGGCAACAGCCGAACGCAUUCGAGGAACAUCAGUCCUACCGCUAGUGGUACGGCGACUCCGAGGAACGAUCUUCGCCAACGAAGCAUUUCCAAACCACGGGAUGUUAGCUUGGAACUGUGCGAAAGUGCCAGGAAGAUCAGAGCCCGGUUGGGACCUGCUUUGAUCAAAGAGGAUCGUGCUGGAAAUGAUGCAAACUAUCGGCGUCUGUUUUUCCUCGAUCAAACUCUGCAACGAAUGAUCCAGCGUUUCGAGGAUGAAUAUCCCGAGGCGAGACGUCUAGCAUCGUCACCACCAACGGCAAAUGGACUGCCUUCUCCGGAUCCAUCCAUCGAUGCCUCCAUUCUUUCCGCGUCGGCCGAUUCCAACGGGUUGAUCAGAAUGACAUCUGCAGAGGAGUAUUUUCCUGCCGAUCCCGACGGCUCGAAGAAGGACCAAAUUCUGAAAUUAUCGCGCACACCUUCAACUACAUCUCUCGUCGCCAAAGCCUUCACAGAUGAAGAAGGACGCAUGCAUAGAUUCGGGCAAACCAUGCGACGAGAAGUGCUCAAGCCGACAGGAAUGGACGACAUCUUGCAUGGCACGAGGCUUGAUGACCCAGCCGAACCCCCCCAUUUAGCUGCUCUUCGGGCCAAACUGGAAGAAUUCAAGGGUGAUGAUAUCAGGUCCAAGGUGGAAAAGCUGGGGGUUGACAAUGUCAUUCGCGAGCUUGGGUUGAAUGCUCAAGAGCUGCUUAUGUUACGAGAAAAUGACCCGGAAGGAUUCGAGACUUUCAAGGAGUCUCAAUUGGCCGCACAAAUCAACGCCGGCCUCAUCGAUUUGCAUGAGGAUUAUGAAUAUGGGUUUCGAUAG